AUGGAUUCCGUGCUUGUUAUUGCUUCUUUAGUUCGCCCGUUUCUGUUGGCACCAGAUCCUUCGGCAUUUGGGUUUAAGGUUCAACUCUUGAGUGUUCUUGAAUUAAUUUGUAUCCAGACAUGCGUACAUUCAUGUUUAAAAUACUUGAGGGCUGUCCAGCGGGCUGUGCGUUCAUCUUUAAAAUACUUGGGGGGUGUAGUCCAGUGGGUUAUAGGUUCGGAUUCAUCGUGUCCCUCCACACUUGCCCAAAUCAUGGAGGUGGUUCUUAAGACCAAGGGAGAUGAAGGUCGACGUGAGGGGAAAUCGUUGGUGCUGAAACUUUUAAGAGCAAACAACAGUCUUCUUAGUGAUGUGGAUUUCGCUAAAACAUGCAACAAAAAUAUAUUAUCCUCAUGUGAAAGCUGUUUAAAUUCAUUGCCGGUUCUAUUUAAGAAGGUCGAAAAUCACAGCAAGGAGUGGUACGACCCCUCAGUGGACGAACAAAUAUCUCUUGAAACCAACAACCUUUUAUGGUUGCUUGACAUUCUGGCAGAUAGACAAGCAGCUGAGGAGUUUGCAUUGAUGUGGGCCAACCAACAAGAGCUCGCAAACCUGCACGCAGAAACUAGGACGCGCUCUCGCCAUUUUGUUAGCUGCAUAACAACACGAUUGCUUGUCGGUAUAGGAAAUGGGGAAAUCCUUCCGGGAAAGCGUACCUGUCGGCUACUAUUGCAGACAUGGUUUCAGCCACUAGUCGAUGACUACUCUCGCUUACUAAAACUUGAAUCAUUUGAUCCCGAAGUGGUGGAAGGAAAUAUUGAGAGGGCAAUAUUAGAACUUGCGCCAAAAAAUCAACGGAGUUUGUUGCUGGCGUGGUAUGAGUGUUUCUUGAAGGACGGUGAGAACUGUCCAGAUCUUCGAAAAGCCUUUCAAGACUGGUGCAGAAGAACCUUUAGCAAGACACCUCCACAUCUCAUUCUCCCUCCUUAG